CAACAUGACCUUGGCAGCGGCACGCGGUCUCGCACGCCGCAGGCUGGGCAAGCUGGGCGCGCUCGGCGCCCAACGCCAGCGGAGCUACACGCCCGCGCCGCCCAUCUUCGGCGCAUACGACGUGCUCGACGCGUCGAGCGCGAUCACAGCCUACCCCGACCCCUUGGACGUGCCCGACUCGAUCCCGCGGCCAAGCUACGUCCCGGCCAACUUCUUCACGGCGCCGAUAUGGGAGCACGAGGCGGUCGAGGUGGACAUCGAGGCGCCGGGGGAGCGGAUACAGCUCGGCUCGCGCUCUGAAGCGCGGGUACGCAAGGUCGCUAGCCUCGCAGCCGAGGUGUUGUCCGAGGUCGGCAAGCUCGUGAAGCCUGGAGUUACGACCGCGCAGCUGGACGCGGCGGCGCACAAGUUGAUAUUGGAGCGGAAGGCGUAUCCCGCGCCGCUGGGGUACCAGCACUAUCCGAAGAGCAUCACGACGAGCGUGAACAAUGUCAUUGCGCAUGGCAUCCCCGACGACAGGCCGCUGCGCCCCGACGAUAUUGUCAACGUCGACCUCACCCUCUUCCACGACGGGUACCACGGCGACACGAGCGCGACGUUCCUCCUGCCCGAGGUGGACGACAAGGGCCGCGAGCUGGUGCGGCUGACGGAGGAGGCGCUCGAGCUCGCCAUCGCGGCGUGCAAGCCCGGCCGGCCGUACUCUGACAUCGGGAAGACAAUCGAGGAGUUUACCAAGAAGAACGGCCUGGGAAUCAACAACCAGUUUUCGGGGCACGGCAUCGGGCGCAGAUUCCACCAGCCGCCGUGGAUCAUCCACUACCGCAACUCGGAGCACGGCUGCAUGCAGCCCGGCGACUGUUUUACGAUCGAGCCGGCGCUCACGCAGGGGUAUCGGUCCAGAGGGACGUUGUGGGAGGACGGGUGGACCGUGUCCACAGAUUCCCAGGCCCGCUCGGCGCAGUUUGAGCACCAGGUGCUCAUCACGGGCGACGGGGUAGACGUGCUCACUAGAAGGGGCUAAGGGGGUAACACUGCUACCCGCUCACUACACAACAUUGCAUCAAUGGCAUCAUGCUGCC